AUGGCGCUCCUGGUCGACAAACUCCGCCCUCGAUCUCUUGAUGCUCUCACAUACCAUAGAGACCUCUCAGACCGUUUAGCGGCCUUGGCGUCUUCGGCCGAUUUCCCCCAUCUCCUCUUCUACGGACCCUCCGGAGCAGGCAAAAAGACACGAGUGCUCGCGACACUGCGGGCGCUGUACGGCAGUGGCGCGGAGAAGAUCAAGAUUGACGCGCGCAUGUUCACGACGAGCUCGAAUCGCAAGUUGGAAUUCAACAUCGUCUCCUCAGUCUACCAUCUCGAAAUCACACCCAGCGACGUGGGCUCCUACGAUCGCGUGGUCAUUCAAGAUCUGCUCAAGGAAGUCGCGCAGACGCAACAGAUCGAUCUCAGUGCGAAGCAGCGGUUCAAGGUGGUGGUCAUCAACGAAGCGGAUGGACUCAGUCGCGACGCGCAGGCUGCGUUGAGGAGGACGAUGGAGAAAUACAGCGCCAACGUGCGCCUGAUCCUGGUGGCGAACAGCACGGCCGGCAUCAUCGCGCCCAUACGCAGUCGAACGCUGCUCGUCCGGGUCGCCGCGCCCACGGAGACGGAAAUCUGCGACGCCCUGGUGAAGGCGGGCAAGAAGGAGAACUGGAAAGUCAUCCCGGCCCUCAACGAGCGGAUCGCAAGGGAAUCGGGUCGCAACCUGCGCAAAGCGCUGCUCAUGUUUGAAGCCGUGUACGCCCAACAUCCCGAGCCCAGCGAGAAGACGCCGAUACCGCCGCCAGACUGGGAACUCCUGAUCGAACAGGUCGCCAGGGACAUCGUCCGCGAACGCACGCCGCAGAUGAUCCUCGCGACGCGGGCGAAGCUGUACGACCUGCUCACGCACUGCAUACCCGCGACGCUGAUCCUCAAGACCCUGACCUGGAAACUCGUCGCGCAGCCCGAAGUCGCAGACGAACUCAAAGCCGAGGUCGUCAAGUGGGCGGCGUUCUACGAGCACCGCGUCAGGCUGGGCAGUAAAGUCAUUUUCCACCUCGAGGCUUUCGUGGCAAAGUUUAUGCGCAUUUUCGAAGGGUACCUCGUCGGGAUGGACUUUUGA